CGGCGCCCACACUAUCAGCUCCCAGUCUCUGUUGUCUAUCUUGCCUGCUGGAGCUGGAAGAUGGACACGGAGAGUUGUUUGCCUUUCUCUCCGCAGACCAGCAGGAGGACGCCCGACAACUCCCCUGGACUGGAGCACGGCCGCAGCUCCGGCUCCUUCCUCCCCUGCGACGAGCUGCAGAAGCCCCCGCAUCUUUCUCCUCACCCCCUGCCUCACCGCCUCAGCCUGCGCGGGGACCUGUACGCCGCCGCCAUGGGCCGGUUCGGGGAUGGCGCGGCGGACUUUACGCACGGCGCGGCGCCCGUGAACCAGCCCGGCUCUCCGUCCAAACACAAUAAGUUCAUGGACAGUAUAAACCAGGAGCCGAAGGGGACGGGGAUCAGCGGCAAGUCGACGUUUUAUGAAAACAACUCGGAAGUGAGAGAGAAGGGGACUCCAAAAACCAUGGGCUAUCCUGGGAUCGGCACAGACUGCUGCGGCAAGCUGAAGGAGCCGGGGGUCGGUUUACAGCAGGAGUCCAUCGCUGACUCCAUCGACUUAUCAGGCAAGAACAAGAAGCGACGCAAUCGCACCACGUUCAGCACUUUUCAGCUGGAGGAGCUGGAGAAAGUGUUUCAGAAGACACACUACCCGGACGUGUAUGCCCGCGAACAGCUGGCCCUGAGGACCGAGCUGACCGAGGCUCGGGUUCAGGUUUGGUUCCAGAAUCGUCGGGCUAAGUGGAGGAAACGGGAACGUUACGGGAAGAUUCAAGAAGUCCGCAACCACUUUGCUGCUACAUAUGAUAUCUCUCUUCUCCCUCGCCAUGACACAUACCAGAUGCAGGGCAACCUGUGGCCAGGGCCUGCUUCAGGAGGAGGCGGUGGUUCCGGUGCUGGUUGUGUCCUGGGACCUGACUCCAUCCCCUCGUCCUGCAUGAGUCCAUACCCUCAUCCCCACGGCAACCUGCAGGGCUUCAUGGGUAUGCCCACAUCCCCCAGCCACCCACACCACCCCCACCACCACCACCACCACCACCACCCGUCUCACCAUCCAGGCAUCAAUGGCCUCUACUCGCUCCACGGAUUUCCUGGAGGCCUGGGGUCCCCCUCCAUCGAAGGGCCUGAGACCGAAUACAAGCCGACGGGCCUGGUGGCACUGCGGAUGAAAGCCAAAGAGCCGGGUAGCAUCCUCUCCUGGCCUACAUGA